AUGAUUUCACUUCUCCUCUCUUUAGCGCUUUCAGAAAAUAUAAACGAUCUAGCCCCUCCAUUUCAGGAAGAUCUCCAUGGAAAUAUAGGAACAUGGUCGUUUGCUGGCUCUUUUGUUAUUCUAAAAGAUAUUAUUAUGUUAACUCCCCCUGUUCAGCAUAAAUUCGGCUGUGCAUGGACAAGAGCUGAUAUACCAGAGACAGAUUGGUCGGCCAAUUUCAACUUUAGAGUUCACAAAGGCACUGGUGGCGGUGGACUUGGUAUUUGGCUAGUCGAAAACUACGGCUCAUAUGGCGAAUUGCACGGCGGUCCGGCUACAUAUAAAGGCUUACUUGUUUCCAUUACCAUUCGUGAUAAUGAUGAUGAAAUGAACACUCAUUCUUUAAUCUUCCAUGUAAUAGAGAACAACGGAGUAGACAAAAUCAACGUAACUUUGAUCGAGUCUGACUUCGAAAUGCAAUUCCACCAUAGAUAUGAUAUACCUUUCAGAAUGGAAAUCUCAGAUGGAAAGAUUCGACUUUACUGCAGUGGUGAGAACGAAUCUAAUCCACCACUUAUACUCGAAAAGGCAAUAAAUAUCAGUCUCAAGCAGAAAUAUCUCGGUAUUACUGCUGCAUCAGAAGAAAUGACCAGCAGAGUUGACUUAAACUACGUUAAAUUUACACAAGGUGUCGAAAAGACUGUCAAGAAGGAGACGGACUAUCUACAGAGGAUCGUUGUCAACGGAUAUACCUCAAAACCAAAUACAAUUUACAGAAAUCCAGUUUUCAAGAUCAUGACAAAAGAAACAGAAGCAAUGAGAAGAUCUACAGAAAAGAAUCGCGAAAAUACUUUCGAAAACGUUGUAGAUAUUAUAGAUGAGCUAAAUAAGGUUACAUUUGAUGUUGCAUCUUUUAAAGAGCUCAAUACAUUUGUAACCGAUACAUUAUACCCAUACUCCCAGAAAUGGCAUCGAAGAACCAUCAAAAUGACAGAAAAUAUCAGAAUUGCCAGAAAUGUCAUGGCUUCAGCAACAAACUACACUUCUGAGCUUCUCCAGAACUUCAACAGUACCCUUAAACAUACAAUCUUCAAGACUGCUGUUACAAUCAGCCAACUUGAACAGGAAUUACUUAAAUCUGCAUCAGAACAACCAAAAGCUGAUGAUAAUACAACUGUAAUCGUUCUCGAUUUAUCAAAAGAUAGCUUAAGUACUGAAAAUAUCAUUUCUUAUCUCUUAAUGUUAGAAAUAAUCUGUGUAAUAAUAUAUGUUUUCGUUCGCUAUACUAAAAGUAAGCAAUAA